GUCAAUGUGUAUGUUUGGUUUUUUGGAAUUGUCGAUGCUUUAAAAUGAUAACUAUUUUGUUGAUUUGAGAGACAAAGCAAUCAAAUAAAUGACUAAAUACAAUUUGAGUAAACAUACUCAUGAUCGGUAUUACUAGAUCCUAUAUGGGUUAAAUAUAUAUGUUUUUGAAUAAUUUUAAAACUGAAUUCAUAUAAUAAAGGGGAACAUGUACUCUUUGGCCUGCGUUAUAUUAGGAUGUUCAUCGCAUUUUCAAAAGAAUACCAAAGAAAAAAUAAGCUUUCAUCGAUUCCCCGAUGUCACAUAUAGAAAGCAGAAAUGGAUCAAUGCAGUUUCAAUGAGCCGUGACAACUAUAAAUGGCAGGAAGGUGAUAUGAUCUGUUCCAAACAUUUUGCAAACUUUUACUUCAUUGAUGCUGAGUGUAGAACGCUGAAUGAAUAUGCUGUACCAACUUUACAUUUGGUCAAAAGGGAAGGAUAUUUGGAUGUUGGUGUCAAAAAGAAUGGCAAUAAUCUUUACCUUGAGGUAGCUGUUAAGAAUAAAAUUUAUUCUUCAUUGAAUGAGAGCGAAACAGAAGAUGAAAGACAAAAAAUAUCAAAUGCACCUAUAUCUAUGUCAGUUUUACCUCGAAACGUUCUCAUGCUAAAGCAAAAAACAGGAAAUCCCAUUAAUGUUGAAGAUGAUACAGAAGCGGAUUUCGCCAAUAGAGAAGCAGCGUCAAGCAGCAAUAACCCAAUAAGAGACCCAUUAAAGAUUGAAACUGACGAACCAGAGGAAUGCUUACUUGAGGAACAUCUUAAUGAAGAAUACCUUGAAUGUCAAGAUGAUGAUGAAGAUGAUAAAGACAAUUUAGAACUACAAGAAGCAAAUAAUGAAAUCUCAAUGCAUCAAACUCAUUUAAAAAAGGUUAAGACGACAUUUCAAAAUCAUAAUAUGAUAUCAGAGAACACUGCGAUGUUGCCAGUUAGAGUGUAUAGGCUAGAGAAAGCCCUCGAAAAGCAGAAAUCUAUAUCAGCACAACGUCUAAUGAAGGUCAAAGCUCUGACGAAAAAAUUGAGACGCUUAGAAAAAAAAAAAUGUAAAUUAGAAGAACUAAUCAUUGCUGUACGCAAAGAAAACUUGAAUUUAAAGAAUAGUAAAAUGCAGACUGGGGUUCCCUUGACAAGGUUUGUCUAUUGUCUUCCUAAAAAGUCAUAGCCUAAGAGUACCCAGAAUCUACGUGAAGAGAGUUACAAAUGUGGAUAAAGCGAAAUGGAAGAAGGAAUCGUAACAAGUGGAGUGAUUUAAUUUUUUCCUCACCCUUUGGUAAACAGGCGUGUUAUCAAUGUAUGUAAGAUAUUGCCUAAACAUUUUGUAAAUCAGGAUAAAAAGAAAUGUGAAUAUGAUAAUAUACAAAAAAAAAAAAAAAAAAUUUCAAAAUAUUUUAUUUCGAAAACAAGAACAAUUACAAAUUAAGUAACAUAGGAUAACGAUGACAUCUGCUGAAGUUAUGAAACUGUGUCCCAGAUGUCAACACCCACCACAAGAAAACAUAUUAUGUAUUUUCUUAACCUUUUCACCCAAUAUGCCUUAUUAAACGUCAUUCUAUUUCUAACUCCUUAGUAAAGGGCCAUUUACAAAGUGAGUCCAUUGUGUUAGAACCAUUCCAAAUUUAUUAUAAAACCCCACUGGUGCAGUGUAUUGGCUUCGUGGGAGAACAUGUGUCAAAUCAAAUCAAAUCAUUUAUGUGUUAGAAUACAAUUUUUACAACUAGAUGGUCACGAUAUAAUUGAGUACAUGCAUUCAGCCUUAUAAUCAGGCGUACAAAUAUUUGGAUGUGUCCCCGUCGAAGCCAUUAAGUAAUUACACUAGUUUCGUUUUUAACACACACUGAACUUAAACUUUGUGUUAGUAUAUUUUAUAAAUAUAAAUGAACUGGUUUACUCGAUUGGUUUGUGUAAAUGAAUGACACCAAUUUUAUGCGUUAUACUGGAUGGCGCGAAAAAUCGUCACGUUUAUAAGGCCCUUAAACUCAGAGUUAAUAGAGAAAAGCCAUUAGUCGUGUCAAUGUAAAAUACUGCAGGUCCCUUUGUAAAACUGUAAAUUCAAAAUCACUUGCAAUAAACCUAUUUGAUCA